UGACUGUGAGUUCUGGAAUGUCUGGGAGGUUGUCAAUGAAAAAAAUGGCUAAGAAGCAAGCGAGCUGGUGAAGAUGAUGCAUAAUGUAAAACCCCGAGACCAGAACACGAGACUUCGUGUUGUGUCCGUCCUUUCGUGUUCCCUAGUCUCGGAACUUGUGUUCUUCUCUCAGGAGUCAGGGUCCCUUCGCCGCAAUAAUGCAUUUUCUCUUUCUUUCUCUCUCUCUCUCCUGUCCUGACUUGUUGUGUCCCAUGUGAUGCUCUACUGAAUGUCACAAUGCCGCCAUGUGACACGACAUUCUCAUGUGACUUGACAUUAGUGCGAGAGUGUGACAAUUAAAAAGCGAUAAAAAACCCUGCCGUUUGGCGGUAUAUUUUAAAAAGCGAUAAAACCCCAGUGCAGGGGUGCUUCGUGUGUGUGUCGUCCGUCUGUAUCUCCAGCACUGGGGUUUUAUCGCUUUUAAAUUGUGGCAGUUAUCCAGCCACAGUAACAAUGACGGCAACAACGGUUUUAAAGAAAGUUUGUUAUUAAUAUACGAAGGGGAAACGUCUAAGCAAGUUCCGCCAAGAACUUCUCACUGACAGCUCUCACAUCUCAACUGGGAACCCAUUCGGACGUAGUCGACCCUCUGAGGAACAGAGGAAGCAAGAGGUACUUGUGUCUACGAGCCAUCACCUGCCAGCCCCUUUGGAAUCACGACUCCAAGAAAUGCAGCUCUCCCAGGUGUUCAGCGGUCAGCCCGUGAGGGUGAAAUCAGAACCACCUGAUGUAGCAUCAUGCCUACCAGAAGAGGGCCAGGUACAUCAACAGCACUGCAAAGAGUAUCCAUCAGGGGGUGAUGCAUCUGGAGUGACAGCUGGGACGCGUGACAUUAAAGAAGAACCUCGAGAGGAAUCCUCGAAGGAACAUCCGGUUACGGAAGUGAAAACGGAGCCUUACAAUGUUGCAAUCUCGACAGAACAGGACCAAAUGGAACACAACUGUGAUUCAACAUCAGAAGUCUUACCAUCUGGGAGUGACGAGAGCCACGUGUCAAAGCGUACUGACAAGAAGCCAAGCAUGUCCGAUCUCUGCCAGAGCACGAGUCUGGGGUGUCACAGGCGAACAUAUAUAAACAAGAAACCGCACAAGUGUGACCUCUGCCUGGCAGAGUUCAGCUGGAUUGCGCACCUGCAACUUCACAAGCGAGCGCACACUGGCAAAAAGCCACACAAGUGCGACGGCAGCCCGUCAGAGUUGAGCCAGAGCUUCCAGCUACAGCGUCACAAAGAGAGAAACUCGGGCGAGAAGCCGUACAAGUGCCAUCUCUGUCCUGCAAAGUACAGCCAUAGUAGGAGCCUGAGAUAUCACAAGCAAACACACACGGGCAAAAAGCCACACAAGUGCGACGUCUGCCCUGCGGAGUUCAUCCGGAACGAUCAACUGCUGCUUCACAAGCGAACGCACACGGACGAGAAGCCAUACAAGUGCGAUGUCUGCCCUGCAGUGUUCAGCAGGGGCGGGAAUCUACAGCAGCACAUGCGGAUGCACACGAGUGAGAAGCAGUACAAGUGUGACCUCUGUCCUGCAGAGUUCAGGCACAGCUCGAGCCUGUCAUAUCACAGGCGGACACACACGGACGAGAAGCCCUACAAGUGUGAUGUCUGUCCAGCAGUGUUCAGACAGAGUGGGAACCUAAAGCAGCACAAGAGGGUACACACGGGUGAGAAGCCAUACAAGUGUGAUGUCUGUCCAGCGGUGUUCACCCUGAGCGGGAACCUAAAGCAGCACAAGAGGGUACACACGGGUGAGAAGCCAUGCAAGUGUGAUGUCUGUCCUGUGGAGUUCAGCCAGAGCAGGAGUCUACAGCUGCACAAGAGCAUACAUACUGACAAGAAGCCAUUCAAGUGUGAUGUCUGCCCUGUGGAGUUCAGUCAGAGAGGGCAGUUACAGCAGCACACGUGGACGCACGCGGGCAAAAAGCCGCACAAGUGCGAUGUCAGCCCUGCGGAGUUCAGCAGGGCCGGGAAUCUACAGCAGCACAUGCGGACGCAUACGAGUGAGAAGCAGUACAACUGCGACCUCUGUCCUGCAGAGUACAGGAACAGCUCGAGCCUGUCAUAUCACAGGUGGACGCACACGGGCGAGAAGCCAUACAAGUGUGAUGUCUGUCCAGCAGUGUUCAGCCAGAGGGGGAACCUAAAGAAGCACAAGAGGGUACACACGGGCGAGAAGCCCUACAAGUGUGAUGUCUGUCCAGCAGUGUUCAGCCAGAGGGGGAACCUAAAGAAGCACAAGAGGGUACACACGGGUGAGAAGCCAUACAAGUGUGAUGUCUGUCCAGCGGUGUUCACCCAGAACGGGAACCUAAAGCUGCACAAGAGGGUACACACAGGUGAGACGCCAUACAAGUGUGAUGUCUGCCCUGCAGAGUUCAGCCAGGACAGGAGCCUAAAGCAGCACAAGAGGGUACACAAGGGCGAGAAGCCAUACAAGUGUGAUGUCUGUCCAGCGGAGUUCAGCCAGAGCGGGAACCUAAAGCAGCACAAGAGGGUACACACGGGUGAAACGCCAUACAAGUGUGAUGUCUGUCCUGCGGAGUUCAGCCAGAGCGGGAGUCUACAGCUGCACAGGAGGGUACACACGGGUGAGAAGCCAUUCAAGUGCGAUGUCUGCCUUGCAGUGUUCAGCCAGGGCUGGAGCCUAAAGCAGCACAAGAGGGUACACAUGGGUGAGAAGCCAUUCAAGUGCGAUGUCUGUCCUGCAGUGUUCAGCCAGGCCGGGAGCUUAAAGCAGCACCAUAGGGUACACACAGGUGAGAAGCCAUGCAAGUGUGAUGUCUGCCCUGCGGAGUUCAGUCAGAGAGGGCACUUAUAACAGCACAUGCGGACCCACACAGGCGAGAAGCCAUACAAGUGCGACCUCUGUCCUGCAAAGUUCACCCGCAACACGACCCUGAGAAAGCACAAGCAGAAGCACACCGGAAAGGAGCCGUAGAAGUGCAAUUUCUGUCCUGCAGAGUUAAACCUGGAGUAAGCACCUGCAGGUCUGUAAUUGGAUACACAGAGGCAAAAAGCGAUACAAGUGCGAUGUUUGCCCUGCAGUGUUCAGCUAGAGAGGGACGCUACAGUUUUACAAGCCGACACCUACGGGCACGAAGCCAUGCAAAUGCGAUGGGAGUUCAGCCAGAGCGGGAGCUUACAGCAGCACAAGGAGACAUACACAGAUGAGAAGCCCUACAAGUGCGAUCUCCGUCCUGCACAGUUGAGGCACAGCCCGGGCCUGUCGAAUAACAGGCAGACACACACGGGCGAGAAGACAAGUGCGAUGUCCACCCAGCAGUGUUCAGCCAGAGCAGGAACCUACAGCUUUGCAAGCAGUCACAAACGGUUGAAAAGCCAUACAAGUGCGAUCUUCUGUGCUGCAGUGUUUAGCCAUAGUGUGAGCCUGUUGAAUCCAUCGGUUGUCAUUUUGGGCUGCAGAAUUGACAACCACAACGAUCUGAUAAGUGAGGCCAGCCGCGGGCUAUGAACUAUCGCAGGGGUCCACAUAGCCUACUCACCAUCGUGCUACUUGUUAGCGCACUCACAGGAUAACAUCAUACUUGCCACAAAAGCCUGAGUAAAUUUUAUUAUUGCCCAUAUCUGGUCACAAGCGUAACGUUAUCUGAUGGGCUUGCUAAUAUGUGGCAUGAUCGAGCUCAGUAAUGCGCCACGUGGGCCUUCAUAUGAGUCACACACGGCUGCACUCAUGGCUUAUUAGAUGAUUGCAAUCGUGAGUUCGGCAGCCUAAAAUGUUGAGCUAUGGUCAUAUAUCACAAGCGGAUACACACAGGCGAGAAGCAGUACAAGUAUGAUCUCUGUCCUGCGGAGUUCAACAAGAGCAGGAAGCUGUGGAAUCAGAGCAAUAGGUGGAGACAUGAGGGCGUGAAGCCGUACAAGUGCGAUAUCUGUCCUGCAGACCUCAGACAGAGCAAGGGUCUGUCGUAUCACGAGCGAAAACACGUGCGCAAAAAGCCCUACAAGCAUGAACUCUGUCCUGCAUGGAUGGGCCAUGGCAGGAACCCACAGCACUGCAUG